UCGGUGGGUGAACCCGCAAGGUGUGGGGGCGGGGUUCUCGUUGACAGGGAGGAGGGAGUCGUGGGGGAGGCGGAGUCACGGCAGUUCUACCAGCGCCGCCAUUUUUGCAAAGGGAAAAGAGACAGGGGUAGAGGGAUCUAGUUUCCUACAGUCAGCGUAGGUAGGGCAGUAUUAAAACAGUUUUAACUGAAUUAAAACUGUACAAUAGGUCGUGAUCACAGCUGUAAGGACAGACGAAAGAGUACAGAAGGUUUUACAAAAGGAGUGUUGCAAGAGUCAACAUUUUAUAACCACUGUUACAGAUCCGCAGUGGAGACCGAAGUAUUGUUUUGGUUGUGUGGAGUCACGGGCGGCGGGGGUCUCACCCGGGUCCCCUGUUUCUUCAUUCAAAGCAGCUAUAGUGGACAUUAACGAGACAUGGGGAGGUGAGCCGCCACUCCUGCCCAGGCUUGGGUGGGGACGGAAGCGGAGAGAGGGAGAGAGGGGAGAGAGAACGAGAGCGGCAGGUGGCACAGAACCUGGGUGUCUCAGGCCUCGUGGAUGCACUUAGAUGUCUGCAAUGAGUGCUGUGGCUGGCAUGCCUCAGUGUAUUGGAUUCCUCUGCUCUGGACUCAGUAGGACAAGGAUUUCUCAGCAGAGAACGUCAUGAGCAUAGUCGUCCCUGUAGGGGUGGACACGGCAGACACCUCGUACCUGAACAUGGCUGCAGGCUCAGACCCCCCUGCUGUAGAGGCCAGCCCCGUGGUGGUGGAGAAGUCCAACUACCCGCACCAGAUCUACAGCAGCAGCUCCCACCACUCACACAGCUACAUCGGCCUGCCGUACGCCGACCACAACUAUGGGGCUCGUCCCCCCCCCACGCCCCCGGCCUCUCCCCCUGCGGCGGUGCUGAUCCGGCCGGGCGACGGGCUGCUGCUGGGGGCGCAGGACGAGGCGUCGCGCGGCACCACGCUCAGCACCUCGGAGGACGGCAGCUACGGGGCCGACAUCACCCGCUGCAUCUGCGGCUUCACGCACGACGACGGCUACAUGAUCUGCUGCGACAAGUGCAGUGUGUGGCAGCACAUUGACUGCAUGGGCAUCGACCGGCAGCACAUCCCCGAGACGUACCUGUGCGAGCGCUGCCAGCCGCGCAGCCUGGACCGCGACCGCGCCAUCGUGCUGCAGACGCGCAAGAGGGAGAACAUGUCAGAUGGGGACACGAGCGCCACCGAGAGCGGCGACGAGGUCCCGCUGGAGCUCUACUCGGCCUUCCAGCACACGCCCACCAGCCUGACGCUCACCACCGGUCGCCUGGGCAACAAGCAGGUCGAGAAGAAGCGCAAGAGGAGCGGCGACAAGGAGCCGCCCGCCACAGCGCGCGCCAAGAAGGCCUUCCGGGAGGGGUCACGGAAGUCCUCCAGAGUAAAGGGUUCGGCCCCUGACGUGGACCCCACGGAGUCUCCGCUGCUGUGGGAGAGCAAGAUGAAGGUGUGGAUGGAGCGCUACGAGGAGGCCAGCAGCAACCAGUACAGCGAGGACGUGCAGACGCUGCUGCGCAUCAAGGAGGCCAGCCACGUCAAGACGCUGGCCUACAACACACACACCGCCAGCUUCAAGCCUCCCGUGGAGAGCCAAGUGCAGAAGAACAAGCGCAUUCUGAAGGCUGUGCGGGACCUGGUGCCAGAUUCCCUCAUCAUUGAGUACAGGGGCAAGUUCAUGCUACGCCAGCAGUUUGAAGCCAACGGUUACUUCUUUAAGAGGCCGUACCCAUUCGUAUUGUUCUACUCCAAGUUUGAUGGCCUGGAGAUGUGUGUGGACGCACGCAACUUUGGCAACGACGCACGAUUCAUACGCCGCUCCUGCACCCCCAACGCUGAGGUGCGUCACGUUGUGGAGGACGGCAUGCUGCAUUUGUACAUCUACUCACUGAGGCACAUCAGUAAAGGCAGUGAGAUCACCAUAGGAUUCGACUACGACUAUGGCAGCUGUAAAUACAAGGUGGACUGCGCGUGUGUGAAGAACCACGAGUGUCCGGUCCUCAAGCACAACCUGGAGCCCACGGAGAACCUGGGCGGCGGAGCGGACUCCCGGCGCCGGCGCGGCGGACGCAAGGACAAGGAGCCGCUGGUGCGCGAGCGCGAGGACAGCGGCCAGAACCAGAAUCUGAUGCUGGACGGCGAGGCCGGCGCCAAGGCCAAGAGCCUAGGAGACCCCAAGCAGCGCAAGCUCUCGCCACUGCGCCUGUCCAUCUCCAACAACCAGGAUGAUCCCGAGUUAAUUGAGGAUUUAGAAGACAAAACCUCCGUUAGCAAUGAAGUAGAGAUGGAAUCUGAGGAGCAGAUUGCUGAAAGGAGAAAGAAGAUGACACGUGAGGAGCGUAAGAUGGAGGCCAUCCUGCAGGCGUUUGCGCGGAUGGAGAAGCGGGAGAAGCGGCGGGAGCAGGCGCUGGAGCGCAUCGGCACCAAGACGGAGCCGGGCACACGCAGCGACAUCAAGGAGGAGCCGCCCGAAAUGCCCGAGGCCGAGUCCCCCUCCAUGCUACAGCCCCUGUGCGAGAGCGUGAAGGAGGAGCCAAUCAUGAAGCCCGUGACGUUGGGUGGCGGGCCGACGGCUGCCAAGGUGAGCCGCUCCAAGCAGCGCAAGUCCUUCUCGCGCGGGCGCACGCACAUCGGGCAGCAGCGGCGCCGCGCCCGCACCAUCAGCACCUGCUCCGACCUGCAGCCCGGCUCGCCCGCCGACCCCCUGGAGCCGCUGGCCAGCGACGGCAACGACGCGCCCGACGGAUCGGGAGCCAGCGCGGCCUGCGCCACGGCCCUCUCGGAGCCCGACGGCGCCGCCAUGACCCAGCGCACCACGCCCGACGCCAGCCCGCCACACAGCGGCUCGCCCGCACCCACGCCGCGCCACGGCAACAAGUACCCCAAAACAAAAAAGCAGCACUUAGUGAGUGAGUGGAUGGGGUGCGAUAAGCAGCAGCCGGAGCGCAGCGCGGCGCGCACCCCCGAGCCCCCCGGGCCGGAGCGACCGCUGCGCAUCAGCAGCGACCCCGAGGUGCUGGCCACGCAGCUCAACUCGCUGCCGGGCCUGGCGCUGAGCCCGCACGUCUACACCACGCCCAAGCACUACGUGCGCUUCUCCUCGCCCUUCCAGGCGCACCGCAGCCCCACCGCCCCGGGCCUGCCCACCGGGCGCCGGCGCUCACGCGAGCUGCCCGAGACGCCCACCACCACCGGCUCCUGCAAGAAGCGCUGGCUGAAGCAGGCUCUAGAGGAGGAGGGCUCCGACAGCCCGGUCAGCCAGUCGGCCCUGAUGAUGUCGGGCGAGGGCCCCCUCAGCCCCGCGCUCAACGGAGACUCCGACAGCCCGCUCCCCUUCAACGGCAGCUGCACCCUACCAGAGCUGCCCACCCCUCUUAAGAAGCGGCGCUUGUGCCCGCUGGACGCCUGCGUGUCGGAGAGCUCCACCCCGUACGGCUCUCCGUGCGCCACGCCGACCCGGGCGGAGCUGCCGGAGAUGCCGCCGGGCACGCCCACGCCCACGGCCACGCCCACGCCGCUCCUCCUCCUGGCCACGCCUCCCCGCCUGCGGCACAACACCGACGAGCCGCCGGGCACAGAGGCCUCGCCCUGCACGCCAACCAACGCGCACGUCCUCGCCCCUGGCAGCGGUACACCGCAGGGGGCGCACACACCCUUCAACGUGCCACAGGAGAAUGAGGGGUCGCAGGACAGCUCCCCUGAAGGCAGCCGGAGAUCCAGUACUCAAGAGGUUGAACGUGCCCCAUCGCUGCUGUCGUCUCCAACCGUGCGUCCCACCGUCCUCCCGGACGGCAUCUCCCUGGAGCUGAAGCCCCCCGGUGGCCAGAGCCCCUCUCCAGAGUCCCAGGACCCAGCAGCAGCAGCAGCAGCAGCAGCAGCAACAACAGCAGCAACAACAACAGCAGCGCCGCCACUGUCCACCGACGAGGGAGCGGAAGCGUCCGUCACUGACGGAGGCAGCAGCGGCAGCAGCAGCAGCAGCAGCAGCAGCGAGCCCCUCCAGCCGGACACCCCGACCCCGACCUCGGCCUCGGCCUACCCGCCCUGGAUGAAGAGCCCCGAGCGUGCCAGCGGCGGGGCGGGUGGAGCGGGCGCCAGUGGCCUCUCCUUCUCGCCCAUCAACUCCAACCUGCGCGACCUGACGCCCUCCCACACGCUGGAGAUGUGCGCCUUCAGGCCCGACGCCUCGGGGGCAGGAGCCGUGCCAGUGCCCGUGCCCGUGCCCGUGCCCGUGCCCGUUGCCGUUGCCGUGGCCCUGCCGGUGCCGGUGCCGGUGCCGGUGCCCACCACCGCUACCGCCGCUGCUGCCACCGUGGUCGCUGCAGUCGCAGUGCCCUCAGCCUUCAGCGAGGUGGCGCCCUUCUACGCCUGCGGCGAGGAGAGCGGGCAGCUGGGCUUCAGCCGCUCGCUCAGCGCUGACAGCAGCGGGGAGGGAGGGGGCACCGCCCAGAACCCCCCGCCCAAGAAAAAGGUGUCUUUGCUGGAGUACAGGAAGAGGCAGCGCGAGGCGCGGCGCAGUGGCGGCUCCAAGGCCGAGUGCAGCUCCCCGGUGGCCAUGGUGCCACCUGUGGAAAUGUUUCCCACCAUCGCCAUGGAGACUGCCCCUGAGCAGCCUCCACCUCCGCCACCACAACAACAGCAGCAGCAGCAGCAGCAGCCAAUGCAACAGCAACUGCAGCAGCAGCAGCAGCAGCAGCCGCCGGCUCCAGUGACCCCCACAACCCCGCAGCCCAGCGAGGAGGGAGGCGACGCCCCAGCCCAGGGGGAGAGAGAGGGCGGAGAAGGACAGUGGACGUCUUCUACAUCAGUGGAACAGGCCAGAGAGCGCGGCUACCAUAGAGCCCUGUUGCUAAGUGACCAUCGCAAGGACAAGGAUGCGGAUGAGCCAGAGAGUGGUGAAGGCGCACCUGUGAGGGACUGUCCCUCUCCCAAGAGCUGCAAGAGUCCCUCUACACACCCGCCGUGUUCCCCUGGGCCCAGCGCUCGUCCACUUAAGGAGGAGGAGUCCGACACCCCGUCCCGGGCCGUUCCCCAGCAGCAGGCCGGCGGCUCCAAGACGUCGUCGGCGUCGUCAUCGGCGUCCAAGCCGGCGCCGCUCACCCCGAGCCGCAUGCUGGCGUCGGUGGUGCCCACGGCCCCCCAGGCCCACUACGCGGGACCCCCGCCCGCGUCGCUCCUGCACUCGCCCAAGGCGCUGCCGCAGCAGGCCCAGCUCUCGCCGUACCGCGGCCAGCGCUCCUUCCACGCGGCCCCUCCUCCUCCGCCGCCCGGCCAAGCCCAGGCGCAGGCUCCGAGCGUGGGGCCCGCGGGGGCGGCGUCAGUGGCGGCCGUAGCCUUCGCCCAGUACAGCAGCCCCCAGAGCGCACCGCCUCCUCCCCCCCCUCCUCCACCUCCGGCUGCCUCGGUGGCCGCCUACUUCCCGGUGCAGAGCGCCCCGGCGGUGGUGGCGGCGGCCCCCUUCCAGGCCUUCCAGGCCGGGGUGGCGGUGGUGGGGGCGCCCCCUCCCCCUCCUCCUCCUCCUCCGCCGUUCGCCCCUCCGCCGGGCUCCCAGACGCUGCUGCAGCCGCACCACGCGCCGCUGCACUACCAGACGGCCGCCUCCGCACCCCCACCCCCUCCGCCUCCUCCGCCCCCGCACCCCCAGCAGCAGCAGCAGCAGCAGCCCGGCCCCGCGCUCCUGCACGUCAACAUGCAGCAGCCGCCGCCGUCGAUCCAGCUGCUGAGCUCCGCACCGCCGCCGCCACCGCCGCCCCCCCAGGGUCAAGCCGGUCAGCCGCAGCCCGUGCAGGCCGGCCUGCUGACCCUCAAACAGCAGCAGCAGCAGCAGCAGGGGGUCCCCCCUCCUCCACCCCCACCUCCUCCCCCUGCCCCGUCGUCGGCCGCGCCCCCGGUGCACCCCUACCAGACGCUCGGCGGCUUCCAGUCCCCUCUCCUGCACCCGGCGGGCCCCAGCAACCCCCCUCCCCCGGUGGCCCCGGCCUCCUACCCGCCGCCCCACCAGCAGACUGUGCUCCCCCCACCCCCACCUCCACCGCCCCCCUCCUCUCAGACUCCGCAGGCUGCUCCCCCCCAGAUCGGCGGAGGUGCGCGGGGAGCACCGGCGCCAGGGGCGCCCCCUUUCCACAGCGCCGGGUACAUGGGUACAGGGUGGCACUGACUGCAUCAACAGCCGAGGCCCCCCCAAAAACACCCCUCUCCCCUCAACUCGACUCGACUCGCUCCCUCACCCAGCCCAUAACCAAUACCCUUCUCUAACCAGCCUAUAGACUCACACCGAGAGAGAACGAGAGAGAGAGAGAGAGAGAGAGAGAAGGAGAGCGAGAGGGGCUGCCACACUUAUGUACCAUAACGCCCGGGCACCCCCCCCCCCCCCCCCCCCCACUCUCUACCCCCUUCUGUAAAUAUUUUCUAAUGUUCCUGACCACGACAGCCGACAGAAAAACAUCCGCGUAGAGAACGAGGAGGUCAGGAGGAGGAGAGACGGUGAAAAAGGAUAUCCUGACUAAACAAAGAAGAAAACAAACACACUCACACACACACACACACACACACAGACAGUAUACACGGACAGUAACUAAGACAAAAAAAAACUGUUGAAGCAAUCUCCAGAGACUUAAAUGAGGUGUAAUAUGAAGGUGGACGAUUUAACUCCCCACCCCAACCUACCCCCCCCUCCCCAAUGCUGUCCCCCUCCCUCACCCCCCCCCCCCAAAACCUUCCCAGUGUCCUUUUCAGGGCACGACUCUUGUCUUUGACUUUGUUUUAUUUUUGUAAUAUCUUCCCUUUGGUGGAGAGUUCUAGCUCUGUGUGUCCCUCGUUUGUCUAGCGACCCCCCACAGCCACCCCACCCCUGCACUUUCUGUAUUGAUGGACAUUCCAACCUAACACCCCCCCCCCCUCCCUCCCCCGUGACCCCUCUUCCCACCCCACCCCACCCCUCCCCUCCGUCAUGUCUUUAUGUCUGCACCGUUUAGUUUUAUCUAGUGGCUCAUUAUAGCGAAAGAGUUAAAGGAAAAAAAAACAGCUUUUUGUAAAGAGUAAAAAAAUACAGAACGAUUAUUUUUUUUAUUCCUUAUGUAACAAGAAAAAAAAAUUAUCUGCGCACCGCUGUAGAGAUUCAAAAGGAAGAACUUAGUGGUAGGCCGCUUCACUGCCCCUAGAGUCUGCACUUGAGAGAGAGAGAGAGAGAGAGAGAGAGAGAGAGAAAGAGAAAGUGAGAGUGUGUGUGUGUGUGUGUGAGUGUUUGUCAGAAUGUGUCAACAAUAUGUCUGUCUGUUUGUCUGUGUUUGUUUGUUUGUCUGUGUGUCUGUGUUUGUUUGUUUGUCUGUGUGUGUGUGUGUGUGUGUGAGUUGGAGGGGGAGGAUUUGGGCUGAAGAGGGCAUGCAGUGCAGCGGUCUGCUUGACGCGGCCCACCACCGUGUGUGUGUGUGUGCGUGCGUGUGUGUGUGUGUGUGUGUGUGUGCGCGUGUGUGUGGCCGAGGGGUCCCGGCUAGCCUGGUCAUCAGCGGUUUAUUUUUGAAUAUCAAUGGUUAUUUGUAGAAAGUGUAAUUUAAUUGUAUAGGGUGUUUUACUCCGGCUUUACUCCAGAAACAGGUUGUAAAUAUUCGCUUCCUCUCUCUUUCUUUUCUAUUGCUUGUACAAUUCGCUUCCCAUGCCCAUUUUGGAAUAAGGUUGUAAAUAGAGUGCUCUCUUGGCAAAAGCUGAAUGUUUCUGUGACCGUAGCACUAUUUUUAUUUUGGUUUUUUUUGUUUUAAUUUCCUCCUCUCUGGACUAUUCUAUUUUGUCUUUUUUAUUUCUGUGUGUGUGUGCGUGCGUGUGUGUAUGUGUGAGUGUAUGCGUGUGCGUGUGUGUAUGUGUGGAGAGCGACUCACAGACACAGCACUGGUUGGCUAUUUUCAUGGUUCAUUAUAAUAAAUCACUGUAAUGACAGUUUUAUACCA